AUGAAAAAGACUGGUGGUGAGGAUUUGACGUUAGCGGAGUCCUACGUUACUUUCCAAUUACAAGUGAAGAGGAAAGAAAUAGAAGACUUCGAGAAUGAAAUUAGUCAACUUGAGGAAAAGAACCAGAGAUACAAAGAACUAAAGCAACAGCUGAAAGAGGAACAGAUGAGUCAGAUCAGGUCUCUACAUAAGCAGCUGAAAGACCAGGAGGGGAAGCUGGCACAGAAAGAGGUGGUGUGCAGAGAGCAAGUAGAGAAGGCAAUCCAGGACAACAUGGAGCUCAUCAGGACCGAUGAGGAGCAGGUGGAAGAGUUGCGCAGUAAGCUCAGUGGCCUGGAGGAGCGGGUCAGAACCCUGCGGGAGGAGAAGCAGAUCUGGCUGGAUUACAAGCUGGUGGGCAGCCAGGAGCACGAGCAACAGAUCCAGGUGCUGGGGGAAAAACUCAUCCAACUAGAGGAGGUCUUCCUCGAGAUGAAAGAUGACCUUGAGCGCUCCAUGAAAGAGAAUAUUAAAAAAAUUGAUGAGAAGGCAGCGCAGUUGAUGGAGAACGAGAAGAGUCACGCCUCAGAGAGGGCCUUCAAACACCUCGACAAACACAGCUGCCAGGCCCUCAAAGACAACGACUGGCUGAAGAAGACGUAUGCAUUUUACAAAGAAGAAGUGGCCUUUCUGGAAGUGGAUGUUAGGAAGCUGGAGGAGCAGAACCUGGAGCUUUUACAUGAACUGUUUGAUCACAACAUGAGUGACCCCAAGAUCUUUAGAAAUGUUUCUAAGCAGGAAGCUGGUCUGGAGGUGUCUGACCUCAUUUGCCAACCAGGUAAACUGCGUCUAUUCAUCUGUGUGGCCAGCAGACCCCGGCUUCCCCUCCGCCCCGCAGCAGAAACGGACGGGGCCCUGGAGCGUCCGGCGGAGCUGGAGAGCGGCGGAGUGGCCCCCAGCUGCAGCUGGGAGGCCCCCCGGCCAACUGGAUCUCCCCCCGAGGACCUCUGUGUCCUACUGUACGGCAGCCAGGGCGCUGUUCAAGAUCGGAUACAGCCGGGGUCCCUUAAGCGUCUGACCAUGAUAGGGCGCCCCGUCCCUCUGCACCGUCCACGCUCCGCGGAUGACAGGCCCAGCGACGUCCCGACCCCCGACAGCUGGCCGGUCACCACCCGCAUGAUUCUCGACAGAUUCAAGUAA